AUGCCUCUAUCAAUCUUCAUACCUCUCAAUGUACUCGCCUAUAGUCUUCAAUCCUCCAUGCUCCUUUUCUGCACUCGACAGAGCACCGCAGAGCAGCCGUUCAAAAGAGCAAUGCGGCAUAUCCCCAUCUUUCGUCAUUCCAGGAGGCUCCUCCUCGGAGGCAUUGGAACCAGCGUCUGUUACGGCGCCUUUGCAGCCAAUUCCACCGUUCGGUUCGACUCUCGCCAAAAGGCGCCGCAAACACAAAGUCAGCCUGCAGACGCCGCCCGCGAACAGCUGCUCUCUCCUCGCAUUAUCCAGCAAGUAUCUGCAGGCAGUAUCAUUGGAUUUGGCACCGGGCUGGUCGUCUCCGUCUUCUCACGCACUCUUGUAUUCAUCGGCGGAGUGUUGGCGGCAUUUUACCAG